UGUCAGGCCAUAAUUAUUAGGAUGCCAAGUUGUAUUACCAUCACUAGGCACUUGUGAAAAGAAAAUUAAAGAAACUGCAUGCUAUGCAGGUCAUCAAGAGAUUGUGACUUACUUGAGGAGGUUCGAUGUAGCACUGAUCUACUUGUGGAUAGCACUGAUUCUGGUAGACUAGAAGAAUCACGAGUACAGUUGGAUGAGCUUCUGGUGGAGGAUAAACUCACUGGAGUACCCCUACUAGUGUUUGCAAAUAAACAAGACCUAGGGAUGGCUUUAAAAGCUGAUGAUAUCAGCAAUGAUAUGAAGCUAACUGAGCUGACUGACAGACGAUGGCAGAUACAACCAUGCUCGGCCAAAACUGAAGAAGGGAUUGCGGUACACAACAAUCCACUUACCAGUCGCUUAGGCUGGAAGGACAAGCCACCAUGUUGGAGUUUCUCCACAGAGUUGAAUUUCAACCACGAGGUUUAGUCACAAUCAAUCGCAUGUGCA